AGGCUCCGUAUAGAAGGACAGAGUCUCGGGCGCACACGCCUCCUACCAAAAUCACAGCCCCUAGGAGCCGGGGCUCUCUCAUUCACAGCUUUCUAGAGAAAUCUGAGCCUGAACCUGCCAGAAUAGGGGAUCUCACCCACUCAGCUCAGCAUCGAGGACACCUGCAGACACACAUUCCCAAAGCAAGGCUGGGCGGCCGUGUGAAGAGAAGAUAGAUCUCUUGCCCAAAUGGCCAAAGUAGUAAUGAUAUUCAGAGCAGAUGGCCUGGCUUUGUUCAUCCUAGUCAAGGACUGACUCAGAUUUGGAAGACGCAAUGGCCUCGGUUCUGCUUCUCUUUUGGAUGCCCACCACCAAAUAGGCCCUGGAUGUCCUACCACUUUCCGGGAACAGAAGGAAGACCCUCUAUCUGUCUGUUUUGGUGGCUGCUUGGUAGUAAAACAACUGUUGAAUGGGCUACCAUUUCAGCAGACCAUCACGUGAAUGGGACCAGUCUCUUUUCCUCCCACAUCUCAGAAAUUAAGCACUUGGAGAGGAGAUUUGGCCAAGAUGACCCAUUUACAGGCUGGACUCAGCCCAGAGACUAUAGAGAAAGCUCGCCUGGAACUGAAUGAAAACCCAGACGUUUUACACCAGGAUAUUCAGCAAGUCAGGGACAUGAUCAUCACCAGGCCCGACAUUGGAUUUUUACGCACAGAUGAUGCCUUCAUCCUGAGAUUUCUCCGAGCCAGGAAGUUUCACCAAGCAGAUGCCUUUAGACUCCUGGCCCAGUACUUCCAGUACCGCCAGCUAAACCUGGACAUGUUCAAAAACUUCAAGGCUGAUGAUCCUGGCAUUAAGAGGGCUCUCAUCGACGGGUUCCCUGGAGUGCUGGAAAACCGCGAUCACUACGGCAGGAAGAUUCUUCUGCUGUUUGCAGCCAAUUGGGAUCAGAGUAGGAACUCCUUCACAGACAUCCUCCGUGCCAUCCUGCUGUCACUGGAAGUCCUUAUUGAAGAUCCAGAGCUUCAGAUAAAUGGUUUCAUUUUAAUUAUAGACUGGAGUAAUUUUUCCUUCAAACAAGCCUCCAAACUGACACCUUCAAUCCUCAAACUGGCCAUUGAAGGGCUGCAGGACAGCUUUCCUGCCCGCUUCGGAGGCGUCCAUUUUGUCAACCAGCCCUGGUACAUUCACGCCCUGUACACGCUCAUCAAGCCAUUCCUCAAGGACAAGACCAGGAAACGGAUUUUCCUGCAUGGAAACAACUUAAACAGCCUCCACCAGCUAAUACACCCUGAAUUUUUGCCGUCUGAAUUUGGAGGAACCCUUCCUCCUUAUGACAUGGGAACUUGGGCCCGGACACUGCUUGGACCUGACUACAGUGAUGAAAAUGAUUAUACGCAUACUUCCUAUAACGCAAUGCAUGUGAAACACACAUCGUCCAAUCUGGAGAGAGAAUGCUCACCCAAGCCGAUGAAGAGAUCUCAGUCGGUGGUGGAAGCUGGGACCCUGAAACACGAGGAGAAGGGAGAGAAUGAGAACACCCAGCCUCUCCUAGCUCUGGACUGAACCCCGAGCCACCCUGUGCUCCUGCGCAUUGCCAGCCCUCAGUGGCAUGAGCCACCAGGAAGCUCAUGUGCAACUGACCCCACAACACAUGCGUUCGGCUCGACCCAAGGGCCUCCACUCCUGCCACCCAGUAAUGACUGUCACCAGCCAUUGGUCUGAGCAGCCAAAGUUGAACGAAGACUUGAGAGAUUUUUUUUUUUUUCCAAUGAGGGAACUGGAGGAUGAAGUAAGGCCAUUAUGUGAACAAGAUUCACACUCUGCCCCAUAUUUAUGGUGUUAAAUGGAUCGAAAAGAGACAAACUCAAUUUGAUGCACACACUUCAUUAGGACAAGGAUUUUUCUGAGGCAUUGCAGAGAUCCUCUCUAGUUUUUGCAAUUUAAGACUGAGUACAUUUCCAAGUAGAUACGUAGGAAUUAAACUGUGCAGACACAAUUGUCAAGUUUAAUGUAGAGCAAAGCCCCAAGACAAUAGCGUCUCCAGUAAUUUCCAUUUCUAUAUUGAACUAUUUUCUUUGACCUCAUCACCAGCAUCAAAUUUCAAAUUAUUCAGCCUGAGAGUAUGUUCUUGUUAGGUCUGGCUAUUUGCAGACUUGGUUUAUUUUGAUAUCCUGCAAAAAUGAUUUGAUGUGACAUCUUUGGUCAGGCCGCCAGAUGAUUAUCAUGAGCAGAUUUUAAACAAAGACGCACCAUUUGAAAUAUGACUAGUGCAUCUUAGCAAUGUGACUCCCCAGGGGAAAUACGUGUCCUGUGCUGGUGGGGGGGGGUUCUCAUUGAGAAAACAUGUCAGUGAUUAAUGAAUCCAUUCAAGUUGCCUCAUUUGGGUCACUACAGCAAAGAGAAGUGCUACAAAAGCAUUAAACAACCCCCACGCAUCCCCCCCAACUCCUCCUGCAACCAGUUAAAGGUGUGGAGAAAGGGUCUGGCUGUUGCUGGGAGGGCGGGUGUUAACCAUGGAUGAAGACCCUUCAGGAUGGCUGUGUACACAAACACUGAAAAUAAGAGAAGACCAGGAAUGCAGGAUGAAAUGCCAAAGAUCAUUUUAUUUCUUUGUUUAUUAUCCUUAGAAAUGGAGUCCCCAACUGUCCAUUCAAAGGAAAUUAGAUAAAAAUAAACAGAUAUCACGGGGUAUGAUCCUGACUUGUGCCCUGUUUCCCAAAACCGGUUGUAUGUUUUUAGCGCUCUCUUACUCUCCCAGCCAUCUGCAUGACAUGGGCCUUCAUGAGUAGGACCAGUGGGUGCUCAAUGUCAAAUGAAAAAUAUUUUAGUUGAUAAUGAGCAGUAAAAUAUGAUUUUAUACUUUUAAGUAUGGGGGAAGGUUAUCCGUUAGCUAAAAAAAUUCAAAGGAAAGAGGUGAUUCGACUGGCCGUAAUCAUUCUCAUUAGACGUUCUUAUCCAUCUUUAUCAUUUAUCACAUCUCCUUCUCAACAGAUCUGGUGUUUUAAUUUUUUUUCUACUGACAGAAAAUAAUAACAGAAGAGAUUUUUGUAUUCUACCCUUGAAAUAAAAUUAAAACAAUUUAAAAUAUUUCUCAACCAACUGUAUCACAGUAUAAACAAAACCAAUCCAUUUUGUGUAGACAUGUCCAAUAACAAAAUAUUAACAUUGAGAUGAUUCUACCAAUGCAGUGACAGAAAUAACUUUUCUCAAAUACCACUGUAUAGGGUAGAAAAAUGAAGCAUUCAAGCAAAUUAGAAAACCCAUUUUAUAACUCGAGUUUAUAAAAUAGGUGUGGGAUCCAAGUAUUUAAAAUGCUAUUGGAGUCAAUUAUGGCCAACGUUUUGCAACAGUACUAAUAAUUUUGGCUUUUCAAUCGGCAAUAUUUAGAAUCCUACUGUAGUGACCUGAUUUUAAAUACCAUAUUAUAAUUAUUACUAAGUUAAGAGCUAGUUUUUACUCUAUUCCAUGAUUUCAUUAAACGAAUGUAAAAGGUGAUGGUUCAACAGUGACAACUUACACUUUGAAUUUCCUUAUGUGUAUGCAAUAUACAUACAAGAACCAAAUUCAGUAAGUGACAUGAAUGUUACCAUAUGAGCACUGGAUUGUAUUGUCCUUUGUCAGUCAUUUCUUCUGUUCAAUAAAUACUGAAGGACACACAUGACUUUUUAUCUUGCAAGAGUCUGCCUUUUUUCUGGGCUUUGGUAAUGAAUUUUGAUAUUUUUCCUCACUUGCUUCUUCAUCUAUUUUAGUGGGAUUUUUCAAUAUUGGCAAAACAGAGGGGACAAGACAAAUACUGUGCUAACUCUUCUACUGGAAGCUAAUGUCCUUAAGGACAAGCAAAAGGGGUCCAUUUCAAUUUUAAAGAACUGUUUCUUAAAUGAGAUACAGAAAGCAUCUUUGGAGUUCCUGUUGUGGCUCAGCAGUUAAUGAACUCGACUAGUAUCCAUGAGGACUCAGGUUCGGUCCCUGGCCCCACUCAGUGGGUUAAGGAUCUGGCUUUGCCGUGAGCUGUGGUGUAGGUUGAAGACAUAGCUUGGAUCCUGAGUUGCUGUGGUGUAGGCCAGCAACUGCAGCUCCAAUUCGACCCCUAGCCCGGGAACCUCUACAUGCCACGAGUUGCGGCCCUUAAAAAAAUAAAAAUAAAAAUAAAAAUAAAAGCAAGCAUCCCUCUUUGUCCUUCAAUGGAAACGGAAGCACAAGUGGUUUUCUUCCUACCUGUGAAUGAAGUCUGGUAACCUAUAUGUCAUUUCCAGCACUUUUGUUCAUAUUGGCUUAAAAUUCAGUGCAUAAAUAUUAUUACAUUCUUAUAGCUAACAUUCCUAGUUAGCUCUGAUUUAAAAAAUCUUGAAAUUGAACGCCUUGAUGUGCUACUAAAUUAAUAACAUGAUCCUCUUUGGAACGAGUAGGCAAUAGUUACUUCUAUGCUGUGGGUAACAGUACAGUUAAAUUAUCAAUAAUAAUUGCCAUCUCAAGGUGAUGUUUAAGUGGCAGCAGUUUCUCAAGGCAGGGAGAUGUAAGCGUCUUCCAAGUGAUUUCAAAGAGGAAAGCAAUGUUGACACGCUACACCCAGGACACAGAGUCCAGCAUUCUUGGUCUUCUGCUCUCUAUCCCUCAUAUUUUUAUAGAACUGUGAUGGGAAACCCUCUCAAGGGCCUCGUCACUCACAGGGAUAAACAGCAGAAGACACUCUGGAUACCAGCCCCGUUUCACAGAUGACAGAGGUCACAAGGCAGAUGUCCAAGCAGCCCCUAGCUACCUGAUCCCGAGAGAAAAUUUCCACUUGGAGAAAUUUUACAUGUUUGCCCCCAAUGCCUAUACUUGGCAUGAAAAAAAUGUUUACACGUGUCAUUUUUAUAACUCAACAUAGAAUGAUUCCAAGUCCCUUUUCAGUGUAAAAUAAGUUCCUCUUAGAAAGAAAUACCAUUUUGACAGUAUUUCCACAAUUCACAUGGCGAGGAGAGAAAUUAAGACACCGGCUCUCAAUGAAGACAAAAGAGUAAAUCGACCCAAUGGGUAGGGAGCAGUCCAGUUCAUAGACACUGGCGUGAUUACUUCCUUCUCCUUUGUAUUAGGAAAGUAGAAUUUUCUUUUUUCAAAUGAGUGCCUUUUA